AUGAAUGCAGUGGGCUUGCUCCUCUUGGGGCUUGCUCUGAGGUUUAGGGCUGCAAUCGCUAAGCCAGAAGACGGCAGCUUUUGCUCAAAGAGCCGAGUGGCUUUCAAAGACUCUUGCUAUGAAUUUGUGCCUCUCAGCCACACCUUCUAUGGUGCCCAGAGCUGGUGCGAGGGGCAAGGGGGCCAUUUGGUCUUUAUUCGUGAUGAGGACACCCAGAAGUUUCUGCAGAAGCAUAUCUCCCAGGACAGGGAAUGGUGGAUUGGACUUGUAGGAAACUUGGCUUGGAAUGGAACCACAGAAGGGCUGGGGACCUGGCUGGACACCUCAAACGUGAGCUACAGCCACUGGCGCGGAGGGCAGGCCUCUCCUGCCCCCGACGCCUGUGGUUACAUCGGGAGAGACGCUUCCUUUGGGUGGGUGGCCUCAGACAACUGCACGCAGCCGUCUGCCUUCAUCUGCGAGUUUGGCGUUGGCCAGAGUCUGGCUUGUGACGGCCUCAAUGCCACCAUGCACUGUGGCUCAGGGGAGGUCAUCCAGAUCCAGGAUGCCUUCUACGGGCGCCAAACUCCCUAUUACUGCAUCCAGGAUGCUGCACGGCCCUCAGACCUGGAGGAGGGAUGCGGCUGGCUCAGCGUCAAGGACGAAGUGGCAGGCCAGUGCCAGGGGCUGCAGGUGUGCCAGGUGGCCGCAGAUGGGACCUACUUCGGAGACCCGUGCCCCACCCAGGGCAGCUACCUGUGGGUGCAGUACGAGUGCCAGGAAGGCCUACAGCUGAUGGUGUCCAAUGAGAGUUUCAUCUUUGACAAUGUCACCAUCUCCCUGACAUGGCUCCUCUCUCCCUACAUUGGAAACCUUUCGUGUAUAAUUAGUACAGGAGAUGGCCACACUUUUGAUCCCUACUACCCUCCCAGUUUAUCCAGCAACGUGACCCACCAGUUCACAGUCCCUGGGGAAUUUAUUGUGUUUGCCGAGUGCACAACCAGUGAGUGGCAUGUGAUGGCUCAGAAGCACGUGACAAUUGGAGACAAGACGGAAAGGCUCAGCGUGACUGGGUGCUCCGGCCUGUCGACGUUGGGAGCCAGCCCUCUCUGCCGCACUGUCUUCGGGGAACCUCUGUGGAUUCAGGUGGUACUUGAUGGAGGAAGAGGGGUGACUUACACUGUGUUGUCGGGUAAUACAACCCUGGCUGAGUUCACCACACCAAGCGGCCUGCUACCCUACAAUCUGACCCUGGACAGAGCAGCCCAGCAAAGGAUGGGCCCAGGGAUGCACCAUCUGGAGAUCCGAGCCACCAGCAACACCACUUCUGCACCCUCCUGGAACAUCACAGUCUCCUUCACGGAGCCUCUGUCAGGGCUAUGGGCCUCCUGGGCUUCCGACCACUUGGAGCUUGGACAAGACCUACUGGUCAACGUCUCGGUGGCUCGUGGUGCACCGGAGAGACUGACCUUUGAAGUGGCAGGACUCAAUGCAACCUUCUCCCAUGAAGAAGAGAGUCUCCAGGGACCAUUUGGGAUUUACCCUGUGGCAGUUCCUCUUGAAGGCACCUUUCUGGUCACGGUGACGGUGAGGAAUGCCUUCUCAAACCUGAGUCUGGAAAUUGGAAGCAUCACUGUUUCAGCUCCUUCCAGUGUGCGAGAACCGUCUGGAACAAAUGCCAAGAGAAAGAAUAGAGAGAAAGGGGACAGGCAGGUGCACGUGGAGCCUGGCCAGUAUGUGGAUCCUUUCACAACCGUGACUCUGGGCUGGCCAGACAGGGACAAGGAUUUACGUUUCCAGUGGUCAUGCGGACGUUGCUGGGCCCAGUGGAGCUACUGUGUUGAGAGGCAGCUGCUCCGUGUGGACCAGGGGGAGCUGGUGCUUCCUCCGCCCUGCCUGCCACCACCCAGCUCCGCUGUCACCCUGCACCUGGCCACCUGGAGGGGCGGGGAGCUGGAGAACCGGGAGGAGCAGUGUCUCUACGUGUCUGCACCCCUGGAACUCAGGCCUCGAGUCAGCUGCGAGGAGAACUGCAGACCUGGGAACCCCAGGGAAGACACUGUGCUCAGAGUCACCAUGGGGGAUGGCUCCCCAGGGGCCGUGUUCAACUGGUAUUUAGAUGACACCUCGCUGGAGAAGGCGGAGCCUCUCCCACCCGCCUGCAGACUUCAAGGAUUUUGGCCCAGGGCUUUAAUCCUCCUUCAGAGCAACACGUCCACGCUGCGGCUGAACAGCUCCUUCCUGCAGACCUGGGACCAGGCCCUCCGAAUCAGAGCCACAGCAGUGACCGGGCAUGCCUAUGGGGAGGACACCUAUGUGAUCGGCUCUGUGUCUCCCCCCGAGGUGCCCACCUGCACCAUCACUCCAGAGGAGGGUACCGUUCUGACAAGCUUCGCCAUCUUCUGCGACACAUCCUCGGCCCUGGGCCCCCUGGAGUACUGCUUCUGUCUGGAGUCAGGUUCUUGUCUACACUGUGGCUCUGAACCUGCCCUCCAGUCAGUUUAUCUGCCACUUGGAAAAGUAAACAAUGAGUUCAUGCUGACAGUGGUCAUUUUUGUGUCCAAUCGGGCAGGGGACAAACAACAGGCCCAUGCACUGGUGAAGGUGGGACUUGGAGACACCCACGUUGAGAAUGUGGCAUUCCAGGCUGCAGUGGUGGAGAACAUCACCACCGCUCUGCGAGGCGAACGGGACCCCGAGCGGCUCUUCCAGCUGGCCAGGGCCGUGGCAUCGGUGCUGGACCAGGAGUGCCAGGGGCGGGGCUGCAGGCGGCUGCUGAACGUGGACGUCAGACAGAAGGUCAGAGAGCACAUGCUGGGGUCACUGUCUGCGGUCACCGCCACCCUGGGGGACAUGCAGAAGGUGCAAGGGCUGGCCCAGGUUCUGAGAGAGGUGACCCACCGCAGUGAGGAGCUCACACCCACGGCCCAGCGGGAGGCCACCUGGGUUCUGCAGGAUGCCAGUGAAGCUCUGCUGGCAGCGAGCUCUAAGGCCCAUCCUGAGGACCAGAGGCGCCAGGCGGCCACCAAGGACCUGUUUCAGGCCGUGGGCAGUGUGCUGGCAGCUUCCCUGAGGGACGGACCGGAAAACCCUACCGGGGCCAACGGCAGCCAGAUGGCCACCGUGCCCCAGCUGCUCGAUGUUGUGGAGCGAGUGCAGGCUGCCCUCCUGCUGGGGACACUGCCUGGGGGCCUCCCGGCCACUCUGGCUGCCCCUUCCAUCUCCGUGUACACGAACAGAAUACAGCCCUGGAACUGGCGGGGCUCCUCUGUGCACACCGCCGCCACUCACUCUGCGACCUUCACCCUGCCCGCGGCCUCCUCCCUUGGCUCCAUGGAGGCCAGCCAGGAGCCUGUGGACAUCAGGAUGAUGAGUUUCCCAACGAGCCCUUUCCCAGCCCGAAGUCACUUUGAUGUCAGUGGAACUGUCGGUGGCCUCUGUCUGACCAGCCCCAGUGGACAUCUCAUACCCGUGAAGAAUCUGUCGGAGAACAUCGAGAUCCUGCUGCCCCGGCUUUCAAAAGGACACAGUGAGCCAACUGUGUUAAACUUGACCAGUCCUGAAGCUUUGUGGGUGAACCUGACUACAGAUGGCGCAGCUUUGGGAAUCCAGCUGCACUGGAGGCCUGAUAUCCCACUCAUGCUCAGCCUGGGCUACGGCUACCACCCCAAUGAGACCAGCUAUGACACCAAAGUUCACCUUCCGCCAACGGCUGCUGCAGAUGGACUGUCCACGUGGAUUCUGAACCCAGAGGACCUGCAUUUUGGAGAAGGCAUCUACUAUCUGACUGUGGUCCCCGAGUCUGACCUGGAGCUAACCCCCACCAGGGACCUCACAGUUGGCAUCACCACCUUCCUGUCCCACUGUGUGUUCUGGGAUGAGGUCCAGGGGACUUGGGACAACUCUGGGUGCCAGGUGGGGCCACGGACCACCCCCUCCCAGACACACUGCCUCUGCAACCACCUCACCUUCUUUGGAAGCACGUUCCUGGUGAUGCCCAAUGCCAUCGAUGUCCGCCAGACUACCGAGCUCUUUGCCACCUUUGAAGAUAACCCCGUGGUUGUGACUACCGUGGGCUGCCUCUGCGUGGCCUACGUGCUGGUGGUGAUCUGGGCAAGGAGGAAGGACGCUCAGGAUCAGGCCAAGGUGAGGUUGCAUGGUCUGCAGGAAUGGGAGGAAGGAGCAGGGGAUCAGGGCCUGGUUACCAGGGGGAGUUGGCGUCUCCUAGUCUCUGGAUUUCAGGUGACUGUCACCCUAUAUGGCCUGGAUGGAGAGAGUGAACCCCACCACCUGUCAGAUCCUGACAUCCCAGUUUUUGAGCGAGGAGGAGUAGAUGUCUUCUUACUCUCCACCCUGUUCCCCCUGGGGGAGCUGAGGAGUCUGCGGCUGUGGCAUGACAACUCAGGGGACCGUCCAUCCUGGUACGUGAGCCGGGUGCUGGUGCAUGACCUGGCAAUGAACCGGAAGUGGUAUUUCCUCUGCAACUCGUGGCUGUCCAUUGAUGUCGGAGACUGUGUCCUCGACAAAGAAUUUCCGGUGGCCACAGAGCAGGACAGGAAACAAUUCAGCCACCUGUUUCUCAUGAAGACCUCCACAGGCUUCCAGGAUGGACACAUCUGGUAUUCUGUCUUCAGCUGCUCAGCUCGGAGCAACUUUACCCGCGUCCAGAGGGUGUCCUGCUGCUUCUCCAUGCUCCUCUGCACCAUGCUGACCAGCAUCAUGUUCUGGGGUGUUCCCAAGGACCCAGCUGAGCAAAAGAUGGACUUGGGUAAAAUUGAAUUCACUUGGCAGGAAGUGAUGAUUGGACUGGAGAGCUCUCUCCUCAUGUUCCCCAUCAACCUCCUGAUCGUUCAGAUCUUUCGAAACACUCGUCCUCGGGUCACUAAGGAGCAGAAUGCUGGGAAAUGGGACAGGGGCUCCCCCAGCCUGGCCCCCUCACUGCAGUCCAUGGAGGAUGGCCUUCUGACACUUGAAGUGGUGACCAAGGAUAUGUGGAGACUCGUCAGCUCCCUGUUUAAAGCUCUGAAGGUGCCAGCACCUGCCGCUGGCUGGGAGUCAGUGACCUUGAUGGACAUCAACCAACUGUUGGCCUUGGUGGAAGAUGUCAUCUGUGUGCAGAACAUGGUAGGGCAGGAGUCCUGGGAGGAAGCCAAGCAGAGAGAGGACUUUGUAACACGCACUCUUGGGUCUGUACAAGCGGAAGAACAGGUGCCACGCCCAAGUGACCCUCGGAAGGACAAUGCCUACAGGCGGUGUCUCUACCUUCAGCUGGAGCAUAUGGAGCAAGAGCUUCAGCUGGUGGGGCCCUGCGGCCUCUCCCAGUGCCAGAGCCACGCCCGGGCCCUCAGCCAGCUGCAGACCCUGAAGGGCCUCCUUGCGGGCCGGCUGGGCACCCCACCCCAGGCACACACCAGCUCCCCGAUGGCGAGCAAGCCUCCUCGCGGCCUGCCCUGGUGGUGUGUCCUGGGGGGCUGGCUCCUGGUGGCGGCCACCAGCGGCGUGGCGGCCUUCUUCACCAUGCUCUACGGCCUGCACUACGGGCGGGCCAGCUCCCUCAAAUGGCUCAUCUCCGUGGCCGUCUCCUUCGUGGAGAGUGUGUUUGUCACCCAGCCUCUGAAGGUGCUGGGCUUUGCUGCCUUCUUCGCGUUGGUUUUAAAGAAAGUGGAGGAUGAGGACGAGCCCGUGGUCUCCCUCCCAGGACAUCCGUCUGGCCCAGACCCCUCUGCCUUGUUCCGAGCACGAAGGUGCAGCAGAAAGGACAUCUACCAGCCACCUUUGGCCACUGACAUCGAGAAGAUGAAAACUACACACCUCAAGGAACAGAAGGCAUUUGCCUUCAUCAGAGAAAUCUUGGCAUAUCUGGGUUUCCUGUGGAUGCUGCUGCUGGUCGCCUACGGGCAGAGGGACCCUAGCACCUACCACUUCAACAGACACCUCGAGCACAGCUUCACCCAAGGCUUUUCGGCCGUGCUGGGCUUCCAGGAGUUCUUCACAUGGGCCAACACCACCCUCGUGAGCAACCUGUACAGUCACUACCCAGGCUUUGUCACUGAUGGCAACUCCAGGCUGGUUGGCAGUGCCCAGAUUCGCCAAGUGAGGGUCCGGGAAAGCUCUUGCUCUCGUGCCCCACAGCUGCAGGCUUCUCGUCAUGGGUGCCGCGCACCCUACUCCUUGGAUGUUGAAGACCUGUCAGACUAUGGGGAAGGCUGGAAUGCCUCCGUCCUCAACAACAGCAGCGGCCUCUCCCGGGCUUGGCAGUACGAGAGCCAGAGCCAGCGCCGAGGGUAUCCCUUCUGGGGCAAACUAACCAUGUACCGAGGAGGCGGUUACGUGGCCCCCCUGGGGACCGAUCGCAGAAGCACAUCGAGAAUUCUCCAGUACCUGUUUGACAACACCUGGCUGGACAGCCUGACCAGAGCCGUUUUUGUGGAGUUCACGGUCUACAACGCCAAUGUCAAUCUGUUCUGCAUCAUCACUCUGACCCUGGAGACCGGCGCCCUGGGAACCUUCUUUGCACAUGCGAACCUGCAAAGCCUGCGCCUGUACCCCUUCACUGACGGCUGGCACCCCUUCGUGGUAGCAGCAGAGGUCAUCUACCUCCUGUUCCUUCUCUACUACAUGAUUGUGCAGGGCAAGCUCAUGAGGAAACAGAGGUGGCGCUAUUUCCAUAGCAAGUGGAAUCUUCUGGAGCUGACCAUCAUCCUGGCCAGCUGGAGCGCCCUGGCGAUGUUUGUGAAGAGGGCUGUCCUGGCAGAACGUGACAUCCAGCACUACCGGAACCAUGGGAAGGAGGGGAUCAGUUUCAGUGAGACAGCAGCAGCUGAUGCUGCCCUUGGCUACAUCAUUGCCUUCCUGGUACUGCUGUCCACAGUGAAGCUUUGGCAUCUGCUCAGGUUGAACCCCAAAAUGAACAUGAUCACAUCUGCCCUGCGCCGUGCUUGGGGGGACAUUUCAGGAUUUAUCAUCGUCAUCCUUAUCAUGCUUCUGGCUUACUCCAUUGCAUCAAACUUAAUAUUUGGUUGGAAACUCCGUUCCUACAAAACCCUCUUCGAUGCAGCAGAAACAAUGAUCAGCCUCCAGCUAGGAAUCUUUAACUACGAGGAGGUCCUGGACUACAGCCCAAUGCUUGGCUCCUUCCUGAUUGGGUCCUGCAUCAUUUUCAUGACAUUUGUGGUGCUGAAUCUAUUCAUCUCUGUCAUCCUGGUGGCCUUCAAUGAGGAGCAAAAAUAUGAUCAGCUGUCGGAGGAAGGUGAGAUUGCCGAUUUGUUGCUGGCGAAAAUACUCGGUUUCCUGGGCAUUAAAUGUAAAAGAGAGGACCCUGGAAGUGGCAGGAAACAGCCCGAGUUGCUGUCAGAGGUCCGGCCUCCCUGUACCUGUGUCAGCUGCACCCAAGCUCUAAGCUCUUCAUCCACACACGAACAUCUAUAG